AUGGCGGCGGUGCAGGUGGCCGGGGCGCCGGUGUGUGGGGCCCGGGACCCGCCGCCGGGCCCCGGGAGCGGAUUCCGCCGCCUGUCGGCCCGCCUGGGCUCUCUUCGCCCCGCGGACAGCAGCUCUGCCCGCACCGAGAUUCAUCUGCUGUUCGACCAGCUCAUCUCCGAGAACUACAGCGAGGGCGGCGGGGGUGUCACAGCCGAGGAUGUUAGUGCUUUACUGGUCCAGGCCUGUCGACUGGUCCAUCUCAAUCAGGAACAUCUAGUCAGCAAAGUUUCUCAACUUAUUCACCAUCUCCUUAACAGAUUGCAGGUGAUCGUUGAUGAACAGAAUCUGGAUUUCCUUUUGGCAUACACAAUCUCUGCUUUUCAACAAUGUAGUUCCUGGACACACAUGGAAAUUCUUCAGGCCUUGUCUGCUCUGGUUUACUACAAUGGUCCCAAAUGUCAGAAGUACCUUCCAGACUUGCUUGGGGAGAAUGGAAUCUUGAUGAAAUUGAGUGAUUCCAGCCAGUCGGACCCUGACCUCAGAAGAGCUGCAGUCCAUUGUAUGGCAAACAUAUGUCUCAGUGUCCCAGGACAGCCAUACUUGGACGAGCCUUACCGAAAUGUCUGCUUUCAAACUUUCUUAACUAUUUUACAGUCUUCCAAAGUUUCUGGUAUGGACGAUAUCACAUUUUGCAUGUUGUUACAAAAUGCACUGAAAGGUCUCCAGUCACUUCUGAAUGGGGGUAAGAUGAAGCUUACACAGACUGAGCAGCUUGGAUCUCUUCUAGCUGUAUUAAAGAAAUACAUGUUUCAUGGACUUCCUGGAUUGAACAUAGAGAUGCCUGCAGUUUUAUACCCAGCUCCUCUUCCUCAGUAUGAUGGACGAUCACCUAUUAGACAGGAGCCAAUGGAAAUAAACCCCUCUAAACCAAUAGCGAGUAAAAGGAAGAAGGCAAAGGCCAAACAAAAGAAGGGCCAACAGGGAGAGGAGCCAAAAGAACCAAAUGGAGAGAUAGGAGCAGGCACCGCCAACAGCCUAGGCAAGUUGACCCUCCAUGAAGGCAGUGCCGUGAGCCCUGGCUACCUGAGUGCCCAGAGUGGGGCCUCUGAGGGAAGUGGCCCUGCAGCCCGAGAUCGAGCAGCUUCUUAUCUCAGCAAUGCCACGUGGAAAAGGAUCAGCAGCAGUGAAUCGGACUAUUCAGAUGCUGAAGGGGGCCUGCAGAGCAAGAUGAGAUCUUACCAGGCCAAGGUCCGCCAGGGAGCUUUAGCUUGCUUCCUUUCCACGAUUAAAUCAAUAGAGAAGAAAGUUCUCUAUGGCUACUGGUCUGCUUUUGUUCCUGAUACCCCUGGUAUAGGAAGCCCACAGUCUGUGUCCUUAAUGACAAUUUCAUUAAAAGAUCCCUCUCCAAAGACUCGUGCCUGUGCUCUGCAAGUGCUAUCAGCCAUCUUAGAUGGCUCAAAGCAGUUUCUUUCUGUUGCUGAAGACACAAGUGACCACAAAAGGGCUUUCACUCCCUUCUCAGUGACCAUUGCUUCCAGCAUUCGUGAGUUACAUCGAUGUCUUUUGUUAGCUUUGGUGGCUGAAUCAUCUUCUCAAACCCUUACUCAGAUAAUUAAGUGCCUUGCAAACUUAGUAUCAAAUGCACCUUACAACCGUCUGAAACCUAACCUGCUAACCAAGGUCUGGAACCAGAUAAAACCCUAUAUCCGCCAUAAAGAUGUCAACGUCCGGGUCUCUAGUCUGACCCUCUUAGGGGCUAUAGUAUCAGCUCAGGCUCCUUUGCCUGAAGUACAAGUGCUUUUACAGCAGCCUUGUUCUUCUGGGUUAACUAGUAGUGGUUCCACCACAUCGUGGCUCGGCUCUUCUGACUGGCGCAGAGAUGCUUCCUAUACAGAGCCUUCAGAGGAAUCCACAGAUAACCCAGCAAGUUCCAGUGGUGAGCCCUGCUGGCUCAUCCGUCUCUGCAUCUCCAUUGUUGUACUGCCCCGAGAAGAUCCCUGUUCUGAUAGUGAUACUAGCUGUACUAUUGGAAACAUAUAUGAACCAUCUCCGGUUCGAUUGGAAUCUUUGCAGGUGCUGGCCCUUUUGGUGAAAGGCUAUUUUGUAAUGGCCCAGGGCUACUUGAUGGAGCUUGGUGAGGUGGCCUGCAGAUGCAUGGAGGAAACGGACCCGUCCAUUCAGCUUCAUGGUGCAAAACUCCUAGAAGAGCUGGGGACAGGUUUAAUCCAGCAAUAUAAAGCAGAAUCAACUGUUCCCCCCAGUCAGAGAGUCCCAGUCAGUUUGGUGGUGAUGUUUUGGGCUAUGAUGCUGAAUGGCCCUUUGCCCAGAGCGCUUCAAAACUCCCAGCACCCGACUCUUCAGGCUAGUUCCUGCGAUGCCCUCUCUUCUAUCUUACCAGAGGCUUUCAGUAGUUUGCCGAAUGACAGACAGAUCUUGUGCAUCACUCUGCUGCUGGGGCUGAAUCACAGCAAGAAUCCUCUAGUAAAAGCGGCUGCAGCCCGAGCCCUGGGUGUUUACGUGCUCUUUUCCUGUCUCAGGCAGGAUGUCAUGUUUGUUGCAGAUACAGCAAAUGCAAUCUUGAUGUCUCUGCAUGACAAGUCUCCCAAUGUCCGUGCCAAAGCAGCCUGGUCUUUGGGCAACCUGACAGACACUUUGAUUGUUAACAUGGAAAUGUUGGGCCAGAGUUUCCAGGAAGAAUUUUCUGGUCUGUUGCUAUUGAAAAUGCUACGAUCGGCAACCGAAGCUUCCAGGGAUAAAGACAAGGUAAAAAGUAAUGCUGUUCGGGCCCUUGGAAAUUUGCUCCAUUUCCUGCAGCCAUAUCAUAUAGUAAAACCCCGAUUUACAGAAACCAUUGAGGAAGCCAUUCAGGCCCUUAUCUCUACUGUUCUGAGUGAGGCCACCAUGAAAGUCCGAUGGAAUGCAUGCUAUGCUCUAGGAAAUGUAUUUAAAAAUUCUGCUCUGCCCCUGGGAACGGCCCCUUGGACGGCGCAAGCCUACAGUGCUCUCACGUCGGUUGUGAAAUCCUGCAAGAAUUUCAAAGUGCGAAUCAAAUCUGCAACUGCUCUUUCCAUUCCAGACAAGAGGGAGCAGUAUGGGUCCGUGGAACAGUAUGCUCAGAUCUGGAAUGCACUGGUCACCGCCCUGCAGAAGAGCGAGGACACUACGGACUUUCUGGAAUUCAAAUAUUGUGCCAGCCUAAGAACACAAAUCUGCCAGGCCUUGAUUCACUUGUUAAGUGUAGCCAGCAGUUCAGAUCUAAUGUGUAUUCAAGAAACCGUGGAGCAUAGUGGUGAUAUGGUCAGGCUCUACAUCUUACAGUAUUUAAAGUCGGGAGUGGAGGGAGAUGACACAGGCUCAGCCCCCAACCCCCAGGAACGAGACAAAAUGCUCCUAGAGGCCCUAGAGCAUAUCCGAGGGAUUCAGGAAUCCUCGGGUGAUACUGCUAAGAAGGCCAUAAUUGUUUAUUUGGAAGGCAUCCUGACCAUAUAUACUAAUGCAUCUGAAUCAUGUGUCCCUUUGCUAUAAGGCAGACCAAAUACUGAUAGAUCAAUGAAGAGACGGGAAACAUGCCAAGAGGGAAUUUAGAAGCACAGAAAGCUGUCUUAGAGAUAGGGGCCUUCUUUGGCAGUGUGCUUAAUGUGACCUUGGGAGCAGAAGCAAAAAAGAAUUUAAAACCCUGGCCUCCUUGGGGAAUAUGAUAGUAACUUUUCAGUAGUCCUCCUAUCGCAAAGUGCUCUGGCUAUCAAUGUAUGCAGCUGCCAUCAUUUGAUCCAUGCAUCUGCAUUGUAGGGAACCUUUAACAGGAGCCAUCUGGAGGGAAAGGCCUAGAGUGGGAGGUGCAAAAGGUGGAGUGGGCCCAGAGCAGGACCAGCCCUGGGAGCUGGGCUGGGAGAGCCACCAAGGGCCCCAGUGGGCAGUGCCCUGCCCCUCCCUGGGGGCCCCCUUCUGGCCCAGUGGGGUUUUAACCUUGCCUGGGACUUUUAGGUCUUUGCUAUGACUCCUGGCUAAACUAACUGGUUACUUUAUGACUAUUUAAGUGAAGCUCCUUUUAUCUACAGCCCACUGCCCCACCCCGCCCCCUUUAAUAAGCCCCUUUUCAAGCCAGAAAUUGCACAAGCUCAAAAUAGUUUCUUCUUGAUUGUCAUUAUAAGAUAUGUAAAAAAUUUCCUCUGCCAGCAGCACUGUGCCCACUAAUGUUUUUCCUAGAGUUUGAUUAUAUCUUUGCUUUGGUAACAUGUAUAAUAUAGUACUUUGCACUUUUGAAAGAAACCCAAGUAGAAAGCUAAAUAAAGGUAUUCUUUUAAAUUACGUUCCAAACAUAGUUUAUCCUCUGUUAGACCGAGUCAAGGACCUUGUACCUAAACAUGGCAUUAUACAAUUUGCACUUAAUAACUCAGUUGUCACGAUGGCCCUGCUUUCUUUGUGUGCCUUACAUGCAUCAAUCAGGGCUUUAAAGUAAAGUCUCACUGGACCUUUGAGCUCUGAAAAGAACAGGGAUUGCUGAGGUGCUUCCUCAGAACUACUACUAGAGAGGAGGAGCUCACAUGCCUGGAUCCCUGGCUUUUUGUCUGUUUAUUGGUUUAUUUAUGAUAAUUGUGGGCUUAUAGGCUCCUACCACCAUCCAGGCCUCUGACUGCCAAUUCCGGCAACCUCUUCCCCCUUCAGAAGGGAAACUAGCCAGUCCCUUGGCCGUCAGUUGUUGGCUUCAGGCAGUGAUUGGCUUUCUUGUCUGGCACAAACGUGUUAGGAGUGGGGCAGGGAAGGUUUCGUGCUACAUUUGUCCAGUUGGCUUUAUCAGAUGAUUUCACUGCACACUCAGAUUCAAGAUUGGGGUUUGGCUUGUCAACUUCUUGAAUUUGGCCCCACUUGUCUGACAGCAUUAAUUUGAGAUGAUCCACAAUUUGUAUAGCAAACAAUAACCUCCCCCUACUUUUUGUUUGGUGUGUAACAUAAAGAGUAAGGUGGAUAGGAGAGCCCUUCAGGUUUUGUAAGGACAACAAUAACAUACACUCAUUGAAAGCUUAAAACACUGGACCGGAAAUAGUCUCUGAACCUUCUUUCAUUCUCUUGUUAAUCCUUUGUCUAUCUGAGUGAUGCUAAAUGGGGGUUUUAGUGAGAAUUGUAUGGCUAUAUUUGUUUCAAUUAUUUUUACAUCAAUAUUAAAACAUUUCUCUAAAGGCA